AUGGGCGAAGCGGAGGAAGCAAUUGACACUCUAAGACGCGAAUAUCAGGUCAGAGCGGACAACAUAAAAAGGUCGGUCAACGCCAUCGAAACAUUUGUUGAAUCGUACAAUCCCGCGCAGCAUGAAGACCAGGUUUCAAUCAGGUUGGAGAAGUUGGAAGGUUUUUACAGCCAGUAUGUCGAGCAAGUAGUUCAGCUGCAAUUGCUUCCCCUGAGUGUUCCCGCCAUUGAGUAUGAUAAGGUACUGAAUCGGUUUGAAACAAAAUAUUACCAUUUGAAGGCAAAGCUCACUCAAUUGCUUUCGGUAAAAAAGUCCGACACCGCUAGUACCUCUAAAAGGUUCCAUUCGCAGAGCACCCAUAUCAAGUAUCCUGAGCUGAAACUCCCAGAUUUCUCCGGAAACCCACUCGAAUGGCAAUCUUUCCAUGAUCGGUUCAACGCUGCGGUGCAUUCGUCAAGUGACCUAAGUGCAUCGGAAAAAUUCCAAUACUUAAAGGGCCUCCUACGAGGCGAAGCAGCUGGUUUGAUAUCGGAGGUGUGA